GCUAGUGUGCUGCUGGCAGGCGUGUGCUGUGUGUGUGUGCUCCCGUCGCGUACGAAGUCACUUGGAUGUCAUCUGGCCACCACUGACAAAAGAUUCCUCUUAUUUCGGCUCGCGACUACCACUUCGCAACCAUUGGGAUCGCACUCCCCCAAGCCCCACCUCCACCAACGCCGUCGUCUCCACUUCGUCUUUCAUCUCCUAAACCGCGUCUUCGCUAUGGCGACUCCCCCGGACAGUCCGUAUGGCGACUUUAUGAUGACAUUUGAGACCGUUCGGCCGGUGAAACACAGACCAGUCAAGCUUGAAGAACUAUGCAAACAAACAAAGUUUACCCGACAGGAGAUACGACUCAUGUACAGGGGGUUCAAACAGGAAUGUCCAGAGGGCGUAGUUCAAGAAGACACUUUUAAGGAAAUAUAUGCCAAGUUCUUUCCACAUGGAAAUUCCAGUUUGUACGCACACCACGUAUUCAAGGCCUUCGACCUAAACAGCAACGGACAGAUUAGCUUUAGGGAUCUAUUAGUAAGCUUGUCGCAGCUCCUUCGAGGCAACGCGUACGACAAGCUCAAGUUCGCCUUCAAGCUCUACGACGUGAACGGCGACGGAUGCAUCACGAAGGCUGAGCUCACCGACAUCGUUUCGUCCGUUCACGAGCUCAUGGGGAGAUGUAGCCACAACAGACACCCUUGUAUCACACACAAGUUUAACCAUGAGGAAUGGCCACAAGUUACUCGAACCGACAUAAACACAUGGGGCAAGCCUGACUACAUUGCAGCCAAACCUCGAGUUCCCGCCAGAGAUUGCCUUCGUUCGGACAGACAUCUAGGGACGAAACCUUGUUUACUGGGCUGCGCGGGGCUCGGAGCUUCGCGCCUGAAAGGUUUAAUUACAAUGGUGACCUUAAGUGACCUUAGUGCCCGUGGAGCGUUCGUAGCUUUAAUUUAUGAAAAGAUGACAAUUCACAGUAGAAGUGAGUUAGGGAAUACGCAUACCCGCGCCCAUGCAUCGCAGCGCAGGGUGCACCUUCGUUUGCAGAACACCUACCUCCUUUCUGACGCGCCCGACGUCUGUUCAGGUGCACGAACCUGCUCCAGCCAUGGAACUCACAGAACCGCCGUAGGUGUGAGUGCGACCACCAUCAAAGGGGGCGCAGUGACAACCCUAUAA